CCACUUUUUUUCCAUGUAGUAACGGUAUCAGUCAUCAACAGCUAAAACCUUCAAAACAAUUUGGUAAAUUACAAUAAUAACAAGGAAUUGUUCAAUUGUCGAGACCCACUUAACUGGAUCAAAAAUGUCGAAAACUACGGACAGUAUUUCUUCCACAUGUGUUCUGUGUUGCAGUGGCAUUAAAUUCUAUGCGGUUGGGCAAUGCAAUCACCACAUCUGCCUGAAAUGUUCCACCAGAAUGAGGGUUCUGUGUGAACAGAAAUAUUGUGCGGUAUGCAGAGCUGAUAUGCCCAAGGUUAUUGCGACACUCAAGUUGCAUCCCUUUCACGGAAUCAUCUCCCAUAAGUAUCCAGUGAAUCGCAAGGCAGGUAUAGCAUUUGCUAUGCCUGAGAUUCAGAACGAGUUCCGAAAGUUGUUAUGGGACAUCUGUACCAUCUGCCGUUUCAGUAGUCCUGAGAAAAGCUUCAAGGAUCUUCAAGAUCAUAUGAGGAAGGAGCAUGAGUUAUUCUACUGUGAUCUUUGCAUCGAUCAACUCAAGGUAUUUCCCUUUGAGCGUAAGACCUAUACACGUAAAGACCUCGCAGUACAUCGACGUAAAGGCGAUGGGAAGGACACAUCAUAUCGUGGACACCCGCUGUGCGAGUUUUGUGAUGAGCGCUAUUUUGAUAACGAUGAACUCUUGAGGCAUCUUCGUCAGCAACAUUACUUCUGUCACUUCUGUGAGACAGACGGUGUGAGCAAUCAGUAUUACAAUGAUUAUGAUGAUCUUAAAGAGCAUUUCCGAUUGCAACAUUAUCUGUGUGAAGAUGACCGAUGUUCCCAGGAGCAGUUCACCCACGCAUUCCGCUCAGAGAUCGAUCUCAAAGCCCACAGAUCCACCGCUCAUAGCAACCUCAUGUCAAAGUCUCAAGUACGUCAGAUGAGGCAGAUUGAUAUGCAGAUCAAUUUCCCUCCAAGACCAACUCAACGAGAUGGUGGUGCACCUGGUUUUAGAGGAAGAGGCAGACGUUUCCAUGGAAAUAGAGAUGAUGAUCUUUCUACUGCCCUCCAAGCCUCGAUGGAUACAAAGAGACAAGAAACAGCGGAGAGGUCUGAUGGAAGGAGGCAAGGACGUGAGGAACGAGAGACGAAGAAGACAAAGCUGAAAAAACCAUCAGACCCAGAUGACGCCAGGGGUGAAGCAGAAGACAAGAUGAGGAAAGCAGAAACUCAACAUGAGAUUGAGGGGGCAGUAGCUAUGGAUACCAGUAAACAUGAAACAGUGUCUGAGCAGAGGAGGAUGAGAAAGAAUGGCGGUAGGAUAUCUCCCCGAUCCGAAGAUGAGUUAAAGAUGAGAAAUGGAGCAACUAAAACAUUGUCAAAUAACAACAAUAUUUCAGAGACUCCAAGUUCAAGGCAAAACUCUGGUAUCGGUUUACCUGAAAAAGUAGACGUUGUUAAAGAAACUGGUAAAAAGAAGAAGAAAAAGAAGGGUAAGGGACCAACAAAUAGCAACGACAACAAUAGUCAAGUUUUGGAAAAUGAUUUACUUCAGAGUAAACCUGAUGUGCGUGUAAAUAAUCCAGUGGAAUUGGUUGCUUCUGAUUUUCCAGAAACAUUGAAUGAGGCAAAAGGUUCUGAUAGAGACAAAGUUGCAAUGAAUGCCAAAUCUGCAACGUCAUCUUGGACGACUCCGUCACUUAAUCCUACAGAAGACUUUCCCUCUCUGGGAAAAUCAUCGGGUGGGAAUAUUGGGGGCAGCUCAGCUGGGGGCUUUAGUUUUUACAAUGCCCUUCAGAAAACAGACACCAAACCCAAGCUUGAGAAUCCGCCACCAAUGCCAGCUCGGAGGACAUUUCAAAAUAAAGAGGAUGAUUUCCCAACGCUGAGCUCCAUCGCAGGAAUACUUGGUGUUGAACCAAUGCCCAGUAAAACUAAUCGAACAAAUAAGUCAAACAGCCAAUCUGCUUGGUCUGUCCCAAGAGAGAAAGCAAACCCACAGCCUGCCGCAUCAAAGCAAGACACAGUCAAACAGAAAAAGAAGGGCAAGAAAGCAACGAAAGAAAACCGGCAAGUUGUUCUUGAAGGGUCGAGUCAAAUACAGCAACAGGCUGUGGAGACUCAGAAGAAGAAUAAACCACCUCAAGAGACUCAAUCAACGAUGCCUAAACGACCGCCUCCAGGGCUACCUCCUGGACUUGCCCCAAAGGAAUCCCCCAGCAUGACACCCUCAAGAUCAAUGUCCCAGCCAGUGAUAGAAACCCAGUCACAAGUUUCUCCACCACCAGGCUUUGCUGCUGGUAUGUCUUUCUCAAGUAGCUCGUUACCCCCUGGUUUACAUGUUUACGUUCCACCUUCUGACUUUAAGAAGCGUAAUCUUCAGUUAGCGACAAAAAUCAAAGAGCUCCUUCUUGGCAACCAGGAGGACAAGUUCAACAUGUUUCGAUCCAUUUCUAGUAUGUUCAGAGAUGGUUCCAUGUCAGCUGAGGACUAUUUCAUGGAAUGUAGAGAGCUUCUCGGAGACAACCUCCCUAAGAUCUUCAACGAACUUGUGAGCUUGCUGCCGGACGUAGUCAAGCAACAGGAGUUAAUGUCUGCUGAAAGUGACUUUAGAAUCCAACAGCAGCGUCAGAAAGAUGAUGGGGUUCUCAAGAUUGGUAAGACCGGUGUGAAGGGCAGAGGAAGAGGGAGUGGUGCUUGGAAAUCUCAAGGGUCCAAUGAGACAUGCUCUUGUCCUCAGUGUGGACAGGUCAUUCAUCGCUCUCAACUUGAUGAACAUCUCAACACUCGUCAUCAGGAUUUCCCAACAUUAAACGCUGGUACCCGGCAGCCAAUACAUGUUAAUGCAGCGGCACCCUCAUGGCCGCGCAUAUAGUAAGCAUUUCUGAAACACUGGUAUCCCUGAAUAAGUGAUUGCCUCAUUAGUCAUCAUUUUGGCAAUUAUGAUUACAUUGUAUCACUACUUUCAGAUGCCUAUAUCGAUUUCAUCAUUAUCUUCCUAACUUAGGAUUAAUCUUAGGACUUGGGGCAAGUUAAGCUCCCUAACCAUAGCAGUAAGGAUGCAUUGAACCCAUCCUAAGUCGAGCCUUUCAUGAUAUCGGCUGCUGUAAUGUUACAUAAUACUAAAAUUAAUACACUCGGUUUGUUUACCUGUAUGAGAAUUUCACAGGUGGUUUCACCCUUGCACUAAAAGCUUUUUGCGAAAUAGCCCUCCGGUUAGUAUACUGACUGUGCAUUAUACUUGCCCCAGGAUUUUAAAUAUAUGUAUCUUUUUGAUGUAGCGAUCACAGCUAGUUUAAGAUCGGUCAAAUGAAUUUAAUUUUUACACUCUCUAAAAUAUUUAAACACAUUUUUUAAAUGGAUUAUUUACAUUUGAUUAGUAAGGAAUACAAGCUUUUAAAACAAGUAGGUUGCAAAUCUCUAAGUAGCUCACGUGACCAGUUUGAGAAGGGAUGUUUACUAGCCCACAGCAAUUUUAACUUGACAGUGUAUGCCAGCAUAGUGUUAAGGGUGAUCACUGUAUGCCAGCAUAGUGUUAAGGGUGAUCACUGUGUGCCAGCAUAGUGUUAAGGGUGAUCACUGUAUGCCAGCAUAGUGUUAAGGGUGAUCACUGUAUGCCAGCAUAGUGUUAAGGGUGAUCACUGUAUGCCAGCAUAGUGUUAAGGGUGAUCACUGUGUGCCAGCAUAGUGUUAAGGGUGAUCACUGUGUGCCAGCAUAGUGUUAAGGGUGAUCACUGUAUGCCAGCAUAGUGUUAAGGGUGAUCACUGUGUGCCAGCAUAGUGUUAAGGGUGAUCACUGUAUGCCAGCAUAGUGUUAAGGGUGAUCACUGUAUGCCAGCAUAGUGUUAAGGGUGAUCACUGUGUGCCAGCAUAGUGUUAAGGGUGAUCACUGUGUGCCAGCAUAGUGUUAAGGGUGAUCACUGUGUGCCAGCAUAGUGUUAAGGGUGAUCACUGUGUGCCAGCAUAGUGUUAAGGGUGAUCACUGUGUGCCAGCAUAGUGUUAAGGGUGAUCACUGUGUGCCAGCAUAGUGUUAAGGGUGAUCACUGUAUGCCAGCAUAGUGUUAAGGGUGAUCACUGUAUGCCAGCAUAGUGUUAAGGGUGAUCACAGGACUUGGCCUAAACGAGGGAUGCCAGAGAGCACAGGAAUGUAGAAGGGUUAUUGUCGUUUGUGGAUUCUUAAACACUAGACAUAAACCCAUGGGGCUAUGUCACAUGCUGCAAUUUAAAAAUGCGACUAGUUUUCUUGGUUUACUCAUGUGCUGCAUAAAAUGUUCCUCUAGCAUACAGUGAUGUGAAUGGUUGCAGCCAAGUUUCCUAUAAACAUUGCAUGAUUUGAUGUGGUCUAAAGGAUGUUAUCAACUUCUGUAAAUUUCUUUGUUGCUGUGUAAAGAAUGCCAGUGCAUAAUUACUUGAAGCAGCUUGUGCUAAUAGAACAUAAACUUCAUAAUGUAGUGUAUAUUUAACAACAAAGUGUAUGGUACACUGGGCCCAGCUGACCCGGCCACUUGGUGGGGAGCAGAGCUCUAAUGACCCCCAUCAGAUUCAACUACGAAUACCCUUAAACACCAUACAGAGCCACCUCCCAAACAAGGGUCCUACAGGGGCCCACAACCCCCAUUGCCCCUCGUCUGGCAUGUGGACUUCACCUUCCUAAGGCUCAGUACCCAAUUAGAUUCACGACUUCAAAGUUUUAGCAUAGUUUAACAGAAACUUUACAGCAGCAAGUUUCUUAAAUGAAUUUAAAAAGUUGUCACUGGAAUCCGCUUUGAUUUUUUUUUAAUGUUGCACCUUGGAAAUAAUAAUGUAUAUAUAUUGGAAUUUAGAUAAUUUAAGAAAUGUAUGCCCACAAUUUGUUGUAUUUUGGUAUUAAGGUAGCUUGGUUGACAGAUAAUUUGUAACUAAGGAAAUGUUUUGAUGUGAAUUUUAAAAGAACAACCAGAAAAGAGAAGAAAACUGCAAGAGGGAAAGAAGGGUGGAUUCAGUUUUUGCAGCACUGCUGUGACCUUGGCCCAAGUUCAUACAGCCAGGCAAAGUAUACUUUGGGUUAUUAGAACCUUUCAACUAUUUUAAUCCUAUGAUAUAAAUGUAGACUUAUACAAUGAAACUACCCUAUGAAAGUCUCAUUUUCGUUUUUAACAUACUGAAAACCCGGAGUGGUUUAGUCCACGGAGGAAGAAUAAUUCAAAAUCUGAGAAACGUCUCUGACAGUAACAAUAGUCAAAUUUUGCAGGAGAAAAAUAGAUAUCUUUUUCCAUAAUCAUAUUACUUUGAAAUGAAAAGUUUCUCAAAAGCCUCUGUAGGCUUUGUAACCAAGUAAGUUUUGAUUGCCAUCAAUGUUAGGAGUGAUUGCCAAACAGACCCGGUGUGGCGGUUUCAGUCUUCCUCCGUGUUCAGUUUUCCGGGACUCAGUACGGCACUAACAAUUGACUACUU